AUGGGAGGAAAAGAAUCAAAGGGAUAUUAAAAUGAUCGCUAAAUUAUAAUAAGAGAGAUAUAUACUAAAACAACAGAGUAAGAUCAAUCUUAGACUUCUUAAGUAAAACCAAUAGAAAAGGUUUCUAAUCCUUUUCCAGAAAUACCAAACUAUAUGGAUUAAUUAAGUUAAGUUUUACCUGAAAAUAAGUAUCCUAAAGUACCAAAUUAUUUGACUCAUGAAUUGAUUACAGAUUUAUAGAUGUUAAAACAUAUAUUAACAACAGCAUCUACUUGUUAAUAAAAAUCAAGUAACUUAAAUAUUGAUCAACCUCUUUAUUCUUCUAAACUAAUAGAAGUUAAUCAACAUCAAAAUAAAUUACAAUCGUUUUAAUCUUCCUUACUUUUUGAGAUUUAAUAAGGAUAAUUGUCAUAAAUUAUAUAAAGUGAUGAAGAAGAAUUAAUGAAGAUAAAGUUAAGUUAAAUUGUAGAGAGUUUUAAGUUAAUAGCUAAAUAUGCAUUUUAUUGUUAAGGUUUAUUAGACAGAAUACCUGAAACAUCAAAAGAAUUUCUAGUUUCAUUAAAUAAUCUUAUAUUGAGUAUUAAUAUGAAUUCUAUCUUAUUAUAAUUUAUAGGAUAUUAUGAUUAAAAUAAUAAAAUGAUAAGAGAAAAUGCUUAGUCUUUAUUUCAAUAAUUUUUAGAGUCAUAACAAUUCAAUUAAAUGAUUUUAAAACAUUUAGAAUCAGUUAAGGAAUAAUUAAAUAAUUUAGUACCUAUAUUAUAGAAUAUAAAUGAUUGUUCAAAUGUUUACUAAUAUGAAAAUGAGAAGGAUGAAUCACUUAUUGAAAUUUAUCAAAAAAUUUAAACAGAACCUAAAAAAUAGGAAUUUUAAAUUAAAUAAUUAAUUGAAUAAAAGUAUUAAAUAUAAUAUUAUACUAGAUAAUAUUAAUAAAAAGGGAUUGAAAAAGCUGAAUAGAUUUUGGAAGAUUAAAAAUAUGAGAAUUUUGUUCAAACUAAAUUAGAUGAAAGUGAAGGUUCAAAAUAAUUCACUUUAUUAUUGAAAUAGUUCAUAGAUAUCUUGGAAUAGAAAAUAUAGAAUUGGGAAAAUAUUUUGAGAGAGAUACUUAAAGCAACAACUGAAAAAGAAAAAAUAAGAUAACUUUUAUGCGAAUUUAGCAAAUUGUAAAUUUAAUCUUCGUUAUAUUUGGUACAUUUUUGUAUUAACGAAUUACAAUAUAAAUUGGUAUAUGAUGAUUCAGUUGCUUAGUUAUAGAAAUUGGUUCAAAGAAUAGAUAAAAUAUGA